GUGUGGUUAGUGUGGACAGACAAGACCAAUGAGAGACAGGAGAAGAGCAUCAGACAGCUGGCUCAGGAGGCGAGACAAGGAAACGCUCACGAUGAAAACGUCCUCACCUAUUACAGGUACCAGCUGAAACUCUUCGCCCGAAUGUGCCUGGACCGUCAGUAUCUGGCUAUAGACGAGAUCUCCAAGCAGCUGGACGUGGAGCUGAUCUUCCUGUGCAUGAUGGACGAGACGCUGCCCUUUGACCUGCGCGCCUCCUUCUGCCGCCUCAUGCUCCACGCCCACGUCGACCGAGACCCUCAGGAGCUGGUGACACCUGUCAAGUUCGCCCGCCUCUGGACCGAGAUCCCCACCUCCAUCACCAUCAAAGAUUAUGACUCCAACAUGGACGACAGCAGAGACAACAAGAAGAACCGUUUCUCCAACACGAUGGCGUUCAUGGAGGAGUACCUCAACAACGUGCUGAACGAAGAGCUGCCGUUCCACAACGAGGAGAAGAACAAGCUCACGUACGAGGUGGUGAGUUUGGCCCGACAUUUGAUCUACUUUGGUUUCUACAGUUUCUUUGAGCUGCUCCGACUCACCAGAACCCUGCUGGGCAUCAUCGACUGCAGACCCAACCCUGGAUACAGCGGGCUCUUAUUCCACGAUGAUGGAUCAGGGAAGAACGUGAAGCGCUCCAUACACGGGAUGGGCCAGAUGAUGUCCACCAUGGUCCUCAACAGGAAGCAGUCCUUAUUCGGAGGAGGAGGGGCCAGAGGGGCGGGGGCGGGACUUGUGCUUGAUGGACAGAGAGGCAAAGACAGUAUCGACAAGAUGGACCUGACGGUGAUGGACACCAAGCUGAAGAUACUGGAGAUACUGCAGUUCAUCCUGAACGUGCGUCUGGAUUACCGCCUCUCCUUCCUGCUGUCCGUGUUUAAGAAGGAGUUUGUGGAUGUUUAUCCGAUGGCUGACGCAGACGCCACCACUAACAUGGAGCACGCAG